AUGAAACUGUGGGGACGGUCAGCUUGGCCUUUGCAGGUGGCCUACCUCGUUGCCUUGACGAUGCUCUACGUUGACCCUGUGUCCGCUGGCAGCCGCAACCAUCGGGGAUCGACAGUCUCCUAUCAAGUGAAGCAGGGGACUUGUGAGGUUGUGGCUGUUCAUCGCUGCUGUAAUAAGAAUAAGAUCGAGGAGCGUUCCCAAACUGUCAAGUGUUCCUGUUUCCCUGGGCAAGUUGCUGGCACCACCAGAGCCAGACCCUCAUGUGUUGAAGCCUCCAUUGUAGUUCAGAAAUGGUGGUGCCAGAUGCAGCCAUGCAUGGACGGAGAAGAAUGUAAGGUCUUGCCUGACUUGACUGGCUGGUCCUGCAGUACUGGCAACAAAGUCAAAACCACUAAGCACCUCUCAAGCUUCAUCAGCAUGGAUGAAGAGUGA